CAAAGCGAACACAUGGAACGGAACGCCUGCAUCAAGUGCGACACACUCCAUUCGGAAAAGCUUCAGGGUCGGCCAUGGAUGUCCGUGUGGUCUUAAAGAUAUAAAUUGGCUUCUCUCAGGCCCCAAUCUCGCUCAGAUUUUCUCUCUCAUCAUACUCUGUAAAUCGCAGUUUAUAUACAUGUAUCUAUAUAUGUAUAUCGUAUGUAAGAGAUGAGGAUUAGUAUGGAGUAAGCGGGAGAGGGAGGAGAUCACGAACACUGCCAUGGCAAAUCUUGUUCCUGGAUCAACUACAGAUUCUACGUUUUCACCACCAGACUUCGAACAACGGUACCUUGAUUGUUGUAGGAGGCAUGGGGUCCUACCUAAUAAAGCACUUUUGUCAGCUUUUUUCAAGGCUGAGGUCAAAAAAGCCCGCCACCAGCUUUGUAGCCUUGUGUUUUCCUUGGAUUACUUGAAGGAUUCUGAUUUUCCUCCACUUCUUGAUAUAUUCCUGGAAAUUGACACUUCUGAGAUUGAUGCAGUUGAUAUAUUUCAUGAUUCAUCAUGUGAAUUGAAUGGAGAAUAUGUUUUGGUGUUGCUGCGUGCAAUCAAUCAAAAACUUCGAGUUGUUGACCUCCGGGAUUUGUCCUUUGGGAAGGAGUUUUUGCGGGAUCUCUCUCAAAAGGGCUUGAAUUGCCAAGUGUUAAACUUGAGGUCUUCCCACUUCCGGAAACUCAGUAUGGUUGGGAAGUUUAUGCAGUUGCAUACCCUUAACCUGGAUUUCAGCAGUUCACUCACUAGUUUCCGAGAGGAUUGUUUUGCUUGUAUGCCAAAGCUGAAGUUCCUUUCAUUAUGUGAGACGAGAAUUGCAAAUCUUUGGACAACUAGUUUUGCACUAUCAAAGCUUCCUUCUUUAAUGGAACUCCGCUUUCAGAAUUGUUUGUGUUGUGACGAGACGGGGCCUUGUCCUGCAUCACCCAGUGGGAAGAGUACUGAUUCAGAUCAGCUGAACAGUGGUCUUUUCAUUGGAGCACCAUCCUUUGAUGAAGAUUAUUAUCAAUAUUCAACAAUGGAAGAUGCCUAUAUCAAUGACGAUGUCCAAUGCACUUUUGAGGAUUCAUCAGAUGAUAGUGAAGUGGAUUUCUCAAACCACCAUAGGGAGCCUGGCCAACUGGAGGUGCUGCCUGAUGCAAUUCCUGGGUGGGAUGGGCCGGUUGAUCUGCAAAAUGAGAUUUCUUUUGGGACCUUGGUGAUGCAAGAUGACGAGUACUUGAGUUCUUCUGAAUCUAGAUACAUCUCAUCUAUUGUGCAAAAGAAAUAUAUUUCUCAUCAUCCUUCACCAAUAUGCUAUGAAAAACAUUACAGAGAGUACAUGAUAGCUUCAUUACCCCGUUUGAAUGUUCUUGAUGACUUGCCAAUUAGAAAGAUUGACAGGGAGAGAGCCAACAUUAUCUUUUCACAACACUUUGAGUACCUACCAUACAGGAGGAAGAAUAAAGAGAGUGUUGUCAGUAUCUUACAGAAGCGUGAAAUCAGAGCAAGCUGUACUCACUCAAAAAAUUGGAGGCAGAAGCCAUUGCAUGUUUCGGCAAAGUCUCAACAUUUCUACUCCAGGUCACUUUCUGCUGCAAAAGUGGGUUCUUCUGCUUGGCCUCUCUUGCAUCCACUUUCUAUUUUAAGCAUCUCAGGAGAUAAAAGGAGGAGCUUCCGUCCACGGCAGUUUGAGUACCAUCCUUCUGACUCUAGCCUUAUGGCUUUCGGUACCCUGGAUGGUGAAGUUGUUGUGAUGAAUCAUGAGAAUGAGAAUAUCGUUAGUUACAUCCCAUCACUUGGAGCAAUGAAUAGUGUUUUGGGACUAUGUUGGCUCAAAAAGUAUCCCUCCAAGCUAAUUGCUGGUGCUGACAAUGGUUCGCUGAAACUAUAUGACAUCAAGCAUAUUCCUCCAAGAAAUAAAGAAAUCCAUUCCACUGCUCCUUCUGUUACCUUUGACGAGUUUGAUCAACUGACAUCUGUUCAUGUCAACUCAACGGAUGAAUGGUUUCUUGCUAGUGGAUACUCAAGAAAUGUUGCUUUGUAUGACAUUGGCUGUGGAAGACGCUUGCAAGUGUUCACUGAUAUGCAUCGAGAGCACAUUAACGUUGUUAAGUUUGCGAACCAUUCUCCAUCCAUUUUUGCUACUUCAUCAUUUGAUCAGGAGGUUAAGAUGUGGGAUUUAAGACAAAAACCAAUUUUCCCUUGCUACACGGCAUCAAGCUCUCGAGGAAAUGUAAUGGUCUGCUUUUCCCCCGAUGACCACUAUCUUCUUGUGUCAGCUGUUGACAAUGAGGUUAAACAACUAUUGGCUGCUGACGGGAGACUCCAUCUGGAUUUUAAUAUAAGUUCAACAGGUAGCUCACAAAAUUACACUCGUUCUUAUUACAUGAAUGGAAGAGACUAUAUUAUAAGUGGAAGUUGUGAUGAAAACGUAGUCCGCAUUUGUUGCGCUCAAACAGGAAGACGUCUCAGGGAUUUAUCAUUGGAGGGUAAAGGUGCAGGGGCUUCAAUGUUUGUGCAGUCCUUAAGGGGUGAUCCUUUCCGAGACUUUAAUAUGAGUGUUUUAGCAGCCUAUAUACGUCCGAGCUCAAACUCUGAGAUUGUUAAGGUGAAUUUGCUUUCAUCGAGUGACUAUGCCAAAGAAUACUCCGAUGGUCAACAUUCUCGACCAUCCUAUAGCAUGGGAGGCUGACAUUUAUACCCGAAUUGUACAUAAUAGGAUGAUAAUAUAUUAUAUAUUCUAGAUUUUUAUUUAUUUAUUUAUUUAUUUAUUGUCAUAGACAUGUGUGUAUUGUGUACUUGAUGUUUUGUAUAUAAUUGUUGUGGAAGAGCUUUUGAUCUUGGCUUCUUCCAUUUUUAGA